AUGUCGUCCUUUUCCCACCUUGUCCGUUUCGAAAGCGAAGAAGAUGGCGCUGUUUACUUUGCCGAUCUGGGCCCCGAUGCGGAUGGACCGCCGUCGCCCGGCGCAAAGCUCAGCGGCGCCAAAACCAUAGAAGCUCUUGCACAAAAGUCCGAAGAAGACAUUGUUACUGUGCGCCGUCUCCUACCACCUCUGCCUCGAGACGGGCUCCCGAUAUACUGCGUCGGCCUCAAUUACCGAAGUCACGCCAAGGAAGCCAGUCUUGACAUCCCAGCAUGCCCGCCCCUUUGGACGAAGCCAGCCGCGGCGCUUGCGAGCCCCGGAGAGGAAAUCCCCGUCAACGACUUCUGUGCCAAAAGUCUCCUGGACUACGAGGGCGAGCUCGUCUUCGUCACGUCAAAGGACGCCAAAAACGUAUCCGUCUCCGAGGCCAAGAACUACAUCCUGGGAUACACCAUCGGCAACGACCUCUCCUGCCGCAUGUACCAGCUACCGCGCUACUCGGCCGGGCAAUUCUUCUUCGCCAAGGCCUUUGACAAGUUCGCGCCCAUCGGCCCGACGCUCAUCAGCCCGGCCGUCUUCGGGGACGGCUCCUCCUUCGACGUGGUGACCAGGGUCAACGGAGACGUGCGCCAGACGGCCGAGUUCGCGAAGGACCUGAUCUUCAGCCCGGAGAAGAUCCUCAGCCAUAUGAGCCAAGGAACCACCAUCCCGGCGGGCACGGCGGUGAUGACGGGUACCCCGGCGGGCGUCGGGGCGUUCCGCCAGCCGAAGAGCUUUCUACAGGACGGCAAUGUGGUCGAGGUGGAGAUGAAGAAGGUGGGCGUUUUGAGGAACAAGAUCAAAUUUGAGUGA